AUGGCGUUGCCUAUUGGUUUCAGGGGUGCUACGUCUACAUUCUACCGACUCGAGCCGGGCGUGGUGCUAAAAAGUCCUCGGGAAAGCAAGGUUUUCGGCGCCGCUGAAAUCGAGCAGAGUUUCUCGGUCGAGCGGCAAAUCCUUGAAAUCUUGGGCAGCCACUGCCGAAUUGUCGGGUACCUGGGUUGGAAGGAAGAUGCCCCGAGGGGUUUAAAGCUGGCUGAAGCUAGCCAUGGAAGCCUUCAGCAGUAUCUUUAUGACAACCCUGUGAUCCCAUCGUCACUCAGGGAAAAGUGGUGCCGACAAGCUAUCAGCGCAGUCGCAUUCGUCCACAGCAAAGGGGUCAUUCACUCUGAUCUACGUCCUGAUAACUUCCUUGUCCACGCCACCACCGCAACGUCUCUUGACCUGUGGCUUUGUGACUUUGGCACGUCAGAAUGCAAGCAAUACGGUUUAAAUGAGGGUCGCUUGCCUUAUUCAGGCUUCUAUGAUCCCAACCUCGCGCCUCAACCAGGACAAGCUAUGGACAUCUUCAGUCUUGCGUCUGUUCUCUACACAAUCCUGACCGGACACUGGCCUCAUCGCGAUCCGGGGCGGUUUCAGACGAUAGAGCAAGUCGAUGAUUACCAUGAAAAGGUCGAUCGGCUCUUUGGCCUAGGGGAAUUUCCGGACGUGGAUGGACUCUUCAUGGGCGAAGUGAUCAUGAAUUGCUGGGAACACAAAAAACGCAUGUCACACCUAUUCAAUCUGCACCGUUCCCCUGACAAGCCCUUCUCUAUUGAUUUGACCAUAUCACGGCUUCUCACAACCAGGCGUGCCGCACUUCUGUGCAACCUUGGUAGAGCCGAAAGAAGUCCCGACGACACGAUGUCUCCUUUGCCUCUUGUCAUCGAAAACAUUCAUCUCCUUCAGACGCAAUCGCCCACGCCAUCUACCAAACUCAGCAGACGCGAGCCUGUACUACCCGCGGACCCCAAGUACUGGGAGCAGAAGCGCCAGGAACUCGACAAGAUCUAUUUGGCCCCUGGUCGAAGCGAGGAGAGCACAGCACCCGAACCAGACGCGGGCCCUCAGGUCGAAGAGAACCGCAACGCCGAGUGUCUCUCGGAUGAAAACAUGCGAAAAGAAGCGGUGUUAGCUUGGGUUCGGGCGAGCGGUCGAGCGGCUCUCGCCGAGCGGCCGGUGUCCCCGUGCACUGACCCUGACACUCCCGCGCUGUCCCGGCCGAAGAGAAAGAGAGCACAUGACGAGGGAGGAAUCGUCAGAAGAUGGGUAUCUUCCCCCGAAGCGCUUGAGGGAUCACAGAACGGAUUGCUCUGGCGCAGAUCACGAACCAGAUGUCUCCAGCGAAGGGGCCACACGGACAGCCCGGCACUGCACGAUACUGUCUGGGAAACAGCGCACGAAUGUCAGGAAACAGAUGAUCCAAUGCUCCACCCAGAGACAGCUGGUACGGAGGAGCAAGCCACUGGAGGCUAUGGCAAUCAAGAAGAAUGGCACAUAAGAUCCAAUGGUAUUGAUGAAGCUGGACUCUCCAAACAACAACCCCCUGGCCUCCUCCGCCUCUUCUACAUGCUCUUCUAUAUCUGUUCUCGUUGCGUCUGUUCCUAG